UUGCAGCUCCCGCUGCCCAGUACACUUGCCAGAAGUGUCAGUGAGCACUCGACUUUUUCCUCUGGCGAAGUGGGUUUACUUGAACUUGAAGGAAAAAAAAUGUCUCCACUUCUGAAAAGCAUCUUCGAUAUCACUAAAAUUUUCAAUCAGUGUGCCUCACAUGACUGUGAUAGGGCAGCCCUAGCCAAGAAAAACCUGAAGAACCUCCUUGAAAGAGAAUUUGGAGAUGUCCUUCAGAGACCACAUGACCCUGAGACUGUUGAUCUGAUCCUGGAACUUCUUGAUCGUGACUGUAACGGACCUGUCGAUUUCAAUGAAUUCCUCCUGUUCAUUUUCAAGAUGGCUCAAGCUUGUUACUACGCUCUUGGCCAGGCUUCGGGGCUGGCUGAGAAAGGAGCCAAGGGUGAGGAAAAGGUGAACCUGUUACAAGAUCGCGGGCAAGAAGACCAAAGGGGAUUGGAGCCCCAGAGACGACUGGAAGAAGAGCGCAGGGAGAAGAGGAAGCUUGCUGAGGAAGAGGAGCAGAGAGAAAAUUUGCAAAAGAGACGUGAGCAGCAGCUGCAGAGGCGAGAACGGGAAGAGCGCCGUGGGAGGCAAGAGCAGCUGCGGAGGCCCAAGGGACGGGAGCCUGAGGAAUUUCCUGACCAAAAGCAAAGGCAGAAGCGGCAGGAGCAGCGGGAGAGACAGCGCCUGGAGGAGGAGCGGCGCGAAAGCCAGGAAGAAGAGCUACUGCAAAGGCAGGAGCGGCAGGGGCUGAGGAGGGAGCGCCCCGGGGAGAAACGACAGCGAAUGAGAGAACGUCAGGCACAGGGCGACAGGGCGCCUCAGGAGGAAGAGGAGCAGAUGCUGAAACUCGAGAGGCAGGUGCAGAGAGAAAGCCAGGAGCUGAAGAACAAGCGACAGGAGGGGGAGCAGCAGCUGUUACGGCAGAGGCGCUGUCGCGAGGAGCGUGAGAUGCAAGAGCAGGAGCUGGCGGGGGAGUCGGAGCAGGAAGAGGCCGGCGAGCGGGCCGAAAGCCGCACCCCGAGGCGGCAGUGGCAGCCAGAAAGCAGAGCCGACGCCCGUCACGGUGAAGGCUACUCGAGGCUGGAGGCGGAGAGGAGGCGGCGCCAGGAGCUCGAGCUGCUGCUGCAGGAACCGGAGGACGACGCCCAGCGGCUGACCCGGCCUCUGCCCCUCCCGGAGGAGCGCGAGCAGCCCCCGAGUCGGGAGGAGCAGGCGCGCCUGAAGGAGGAGGAGAAAGAACAGCGCCGCAACCUCAAAUGGCAGUGGCAGAAGGAAGAGAGCGAGAGGCGCCGCCAGACGCUGUGGGUCAGGCCCCCGUUGGUGCAGCAAAAGGAGCGUCGGCUGAGGGCGGAGAAGCGCCAGGAAUGGGAACAGCUGUUCGGUGAGGAGGAGGAGGAGCAGCGCCGCCAGCUAGUGCCGAGGGAGCUGGCGCAGCAGUUCCGCUUGGAAGACAGCCUGCAAGAGGAUGAGAAGAGUCGACGCGAGGAGCUGCGCCGCGACCAGAGAUGGAGGUGGCAACUAAAGGAGGAAAGCCAGAUACGCCGCCGCACGCCGUACGCCAAUUCAGCUCAACGCGAGCAGCUGAGGGAGGACGAGCAGCUACAGAGGGAGAAGAGGCGCCAGGAGCAGGAGCAGCAAUAUCGGGAGGACGAGCAGCAGCAGAGCGAGGAACUCGCGAAGAGGCGCCAGGAGCGAGAGAGACAGUAUCUGCAGGACGAGGAGCUGCAGCGUGAGAAAGGGCAACUGCAGAGGGACAGGAGGCGCGACUCGCGGGAGAGACGAGAUAGGGAGGAAGAGCAGCUGCAGCUAGAGGACCGCGAAAACGGGAGGCUGCAGGAGCCGGAGAGACAAUAUCGGGAAGAAGAGCUGCAGCAGGAGGAAGAGCGACUGCAGAGGGAGAGGAGGCACCAGCAGCAAGACAGGCAGUAUCUGGAGGAGGAGGCGCUGCAGCGGCUGGACAGGAGGCGACAAUUCCGAGAUGAGGAUCAGCGCCGCGGUCUGAAAUGCCAGUGGCAACCAGGAAAAGAAAAUGAAAUUCGUAGUAACAGAGUUUACCCCAAACGCAGAGAGAAUGAAGAAAAGAUCCGGCAUUUGGAAGAUUCCCGGGUGCGGGAGAGACCAUACCUGCAGGAUCGGUGGCCCCUGCAGGCUGACCAGGAAGAGGAGAGAGCACGAGAGCAGUCGAGGAGCUGGCAGCAGCACGAAACGCAAUUCCGAGCCGAAGUGCUGCAAGAAGAGCGACCGGAAGCCAAAAGGCGAGACAGGAAGCCCCUAGAGGACGAGCAGCUGCUGAGAGAGGAAAGGAAAGAGAGAAGACGAUGUCAGGAAGAAGAUAGAAAGUUCCGUGAGGAGGUGCAGCGACUGCGCAGCCAGAAUCGAAAUGGUGCCUUCUCCGAAGAUGAACAAUUGUGGCGCGUAGAACAAGAGGAAGAACAGAGGCGCCUGCGGCAGAGAGGCAGCAAGUUCCUAGAGGAAGAGCAGAGCCUCCAGCAGGAGCGAGAAGAAAAGCGACGCGGCAGGGAGCAGGACAGGGAGUUCUGCGAGGAAAAGGAGCUGCAGCAUGAGAAGGAAGAGCUGAGGAGCCGGCAGGAACGAGACCGGCAGUACCCGACGAAGGAAAAGUUUGCCGGGGAAGAAAAGAGGCGUCGUCCGGAGCAAGAACUUCGACAAGAAGAGCAGAGACGCAGCGAGGAACUGGAGUGGAAAUUGCUGGAAGAAAAGCUCCGCCACCAAGAGCGCGACCGCCAGCGGAGCCGUGGCCAUGGCUGGGAGGAAGAAGACAAGGGCCAUAGGCACGUGCUGGAGCCCAGAAAGCGUCAGUUUGCCCGUGCCCCGGUGCGCUCGAGCCCACUGUACCAGUACAUCCAAGAGCAGAGAUCUCAAUGCCGCCCUUAAGAGGUGCUGCCAAGACACCCGCCAAAGCUGAGAGCAAAGGAAAAUGAAAAACACUUGGUACCAAAUGACUCAAAUGUUUCUGGUUGUGGGAAUACUCUCUUAUGUUAGAAUGUCUUUUUCAUGUACCUUGUACUCCUGCCUUUUACUCUUCCUCAAGUAGUUCUUCACUGUGAGGUGUCUUAGGUGUUUGGUGCAGAUACGGUGUGCUUUUUUAAAAACAAAUCAUUUAAUUGGUUUGGGGAACAUGUUAAUUGGUUGCUUUCAAAAGUAAGAAUAUCACAAUUUGAAAUUCAAAAACAUUGGGUCUUUUUUUUAAAGGUUGGUCCAUCCUCUGGAGAAUUCCGAUAUUUUUAAUAUUGGCAUUUCUUCUUGGGUCUAAAUUACAUUAAUUUUUACUUCCAAAUAGCGUCUCAUCUUUUGUGGAAUAAUUAGCACAGGUUCUUAAAGGGGGCUGAAUUUUUACAGCAACCCUUGAAUAGCUAAUGGGGAGUGACUUAUACAGAAAAACUCCCUGUGAAAUCAGCCCAUAACUGGAAAAAUACCUGUUAAGAAUAAGGUUUAGCUUGAAGACUUGGAAUUUGAAUUAGACAUUUCUUACACUUAACUCAGUAAACACUUAAAAUCCCAUUAAACAAAAGCAAAGUGUUUCUCAACUCCAGAGCUCAAAUUUUAAAACUAUGUCUGCUGUACUCUGUAGUGCUCAGUUCUCUUCCCCCAGUCUUCGAGUUUGAGAACAGUGCUACCUCUGUUAAUUUUAGCUGAGGGGGAACCUGCUCAGAAUCCUGUAAACAUCUCUUUUGCUUUAGGGCCAGUACAGAGAGCAUUUUUGGGCAGGGAAAGGGAAAAAUCUGGACAGAGGGACAAGUUCCUAGAGGCUUUUUGACGAGACCCAUUAGCCCACAAUCACUUGAGGCCUAUUGAUACUACCUUGGAGACAUUCUUGUUGAAAUAAUAGGACUGUGUGAAGUAUUAAUAAUAAAUGUUUGGCAAACAA